CCUCUGACGUCACCAACGUCUAACGGCUAACGGCUGACGGUCUGAGACAGAGACUCAGGGAUCAACGUGAUUUCAGAGGACAUGUCGAAGAACAUCAACCUGUACGAGUUAUUAAACUCCUCCAUCCAGUCCUCCCAGAAGAGUGAGAUCAACUUCUCUAACCUCUAUGAGCUGCUCAGAGCCAUCCUGGACCGGCUGGAGACCCGCAUCCAGGGGGGACAGGAGAGCGACCUCGAGGAACUUCAACCUCCAGAUCAGGUGGAUCCAGCCUCACCUCUCAAACCCUCGCUCACACCAGCAGGUCCAGGUUCCUCACUCCAGUCUGGAAAAUAUCCCCAGGAGGCAUCAGAUGUCGAGCCAGUCACUAAGUCCAUCUCAGCCCCCUCAGGACCACAACAACCUCAAACAGGCCAGAUACCAGCCGGUCCAACCAUGUCCCCAAACGCCAGCAGCUCAGAGAGCCAUCAGGAGACGACAGUGUCCAUGAGGAACUUCAGCAGACUGGAGGAGAGGUUUGACAAACUGGAAGCUCUUGUUGAAUCCCUGAAAGAAGAGAAGGAAGACCCUCUGCUGAAACUCCUCAGAGAGCUCAUCAACAGGAGAGUGGAUUCAUCCAGAAACCAGACGGAUCAGCUGACCCCACAAGGAGCUCUGACAGACCCUCAGAUGACCGAGCGUGAAGAGCUGGACGCGCUGGAGGAGCUGUUAAUGAACCCAGCUAGCACAGAAGCAGCCUCAGGGAGUGUGGAUCCAGAUGGAGGAGCCUGUCAUGAGCUCAGACAGCAGAUAUGCUCCGUCAGGAGGUCUGUGCAGAGCCUGGGUGACGACAUGAAGCAGAUGAAGGCUCAACAGGCUUCAAUAGAGGAGAGGAUGGCAGACCAGCAGCUACAGGAUCAGGAACGUAGGAAUUCAGGGCUCCGAGAUCCGUCCACACCAAUCAGAUCCUCACACACACCUGCAGCUCCUGGUCCAGUGUCAGGACCAACCCUCAAGGAUGUGGCGGAUGCCCAGCCAGCCUCUAAGGCCCCCUCAGGACCCCAACAACAGAGACGUCCUAAAACAGGCCAGAAAUCAGCCGGUCCAACCAUGUCCCCAAACACCAGAAGCUCAGAGAGCUAUCAGGAGGACUUAAACAGACUAACAGAGAGGAUGGCAGACCAGCAGCUACAAGAUCAGGAACGUAGGAAUUCAGGGCUCCGAGAUCCGUCCACACCAACCAGAUCCUCACACACACCUGCAGCUCCUGGUCCAGUGUCAGGACCAACCCUCAAGGAUGUGACGGACUUAAGCAGACUGACGGGCAGGUUGAAUAAACUGGAAGCUCUUGUUGCAUCCCUAAGAGAGGAAAAGGUGGAUCGGUCACAGCUGAAACACCUCAGAGAGCUCGUCAAGAAGAGAGAACAUUCAGCUUCAGUGGAUGCACCGGUGAACCUGCCGGAGCAGCUGGAGCAGCAGGAAGCUCUGAUCGAGCAGCUGAUGAGUGACCGAGACAGGGAUGCAGAGCUGGUGAACGACCUGCAGAGGGCGCUCCUGCAGCUUCAAGCAGAGUUUGAAAGUCUUCUGGAGACCACCAGCUGUCUGCAGGAGGACAGCAUCCAGAAACAGAGUUACAUCGAGGAGCUGUACAAAACCACAGAGGAGCUGGAGGAGAAUAAAGCCGACAAGAACGUGUUGGAGAGUGUGACGAACAUAGAUCAAUCCACUCUGGACAGCAAAGUGAGCCACAUGCAGUUCGACUCUGUGAUCGAGGCGCUCAACGGGCUCUUCCAAGAGCUGCUGAACAAGGUGACUGGCCAGGAGCAGGACUGGCACAAAGUCAUCUGCAGACUCUCCUCGGAGAUGGACUGUAAGCUGAACCGGAUGGAGUUCGACCCGGUGAAGACGCAGCUGGAGGAACGCUGGGAGGGGAUCAACAAGAAGCUGCAGGACCAGGAAGCUCCAGAGUGUGACGAUGCUGCUGCACUGAGAAGGCAGCUCGUGAGCAGAUUGAACUGCCUCUCCUGUGACCGACCUGUCGUCCACAACUCCCUCGAGCCGAACUCAGAGGUGAUGUUCUCUCCCUGCCUCUUUGACAAAUCCUUCCCACGCCGUGCUUUCAAACCUCAGGACAAGUUUCCACACCACAACAGAAGUAAGUACUCCUUCAAGCUGAGGGACUGCCGUUACCCGGCGGUGUCCAGGGGCUGCGGAGGAAAAAGCACGAUCGUAACCCGUCCCGUACUCUUCAGCGACCUGAAGGAGAUGAGAGACAAGAGACGGAGAGUGUGGAGAAACCUCCCUCAUCCGAUCAGCCAGGACACAGAAGAAUCCAGCUCCAGCCUCAACGUUGAAUCAGCGAAGACUUAACUCUCACCCCCCGCCCCCCCCGUGUGUGACGGAUGCUUCAUUAAAGCAAGCUCCAAAGAGUCCGGCUGUCUGUCUGUUCAGAGCGGUGUGAAGUGUGACGUUUAAAGAAAGGUGUGUCCCUUUAAAAGCAGGUUCAUUAUUCACGUCUCAGUCCUUUAUUCUGCAUGGCUGAUGGAUUUGAUCAGUACCCAUGAUGCAGUUCACUCAAGAGAAAUAAAAAACUUUAACCUCCUGGA